AUGGACGACGCAACAACAUUCGCCGCAGAGGAUGUGCCGAUCUUGUUUGAAGAGACGUCGCUCUACGAGCCCUUCUUACCAACUCCAAACUUCUCUCAAUCUUUUCUGGGGCCCGACAAUGAUACUGUCUUUGGGAUAGCCAUGCCAUCCACUAGUCAGUCCCAUCAUCAAGGCGAACUUCCCUCACGUUUGAUUCCGGAGUUGCGAGCUUUGGCACAACACGUACCAAAGCAAACUAGGCCGCCGGGCCCGCCAUCUGUCAGUACCGUUGGCAGUCCAUCGACUCGAUUUACCGAGUCUCCGGCGCCAUGGAGCGCUGGCACAGCCACAACCACUCCUUUAUCGUGGUCAUCAGCGUCUCCAGCUCUGACACAGACUCAUGGCCUUAGGACUCCUGAUAGGAACAAGACUGUCCCACAGCCUACACCUCCACGAUCGCGGCUACCGCGACUUCCGAUGAAGCCAAAACCUGCGACGCCGUCAAGGGACGAGCAGCCAAGCAAGACAAAGCCAGCUGUUGCUGAGAAGCCACCGCGGCCGAGACGCAAGAAGUCCAUCCUUGAUGGAGCUCCACCUACGCCACCGACAAGAACUUCUUCCCGGGGCGGACGGAGUGCCAACAGUAGUAUUGAUGAUACCCUCUCGAGGACAACCCCUGCGCGGCCGUCCACUGCACCAUUGUCUGGACAAAUGCAACGGGCUACUACACAGAAUGAUCCACAACUUCGACGUAUGCCCAGCUCUGGACUAUCUGGAGCGCAUGACAACUUACAAUCGUCAAUAAGUGCGGCACCCGCUCGGCCUAGCAGAAGUGGAACACUGGAUCUUGGCGAAAGUCGACCCGCCAUCAUAAACACUCAUCGAGCAGGCUUUAGUCCGCAGCAGCGCCAGUUACUGGAAUCAGGAUUCGAAGAGGUCACGCGACGAACGCAGCCGACACUUUCCAGCGGAGCGGCCUCCGACUCGGAACAAAGCACUCCGGGUGAUCGAGUACGACGAUCUCCGAGUCGACUGGGCAAAUUCUCUCGUCUGAAGCUGUUUGGAACCCGAGACCAUGGACCGAGGCAAGGGAGCCCAAUAAACUUCAACGCCGUGGUCCAGCCGCUGGUACAGGUCAUGAGGGAUAUUCCAAACGUGGCAGACGAGAUCAGCAGCACCAGACGCAUACCAUUGUUCUCGCACUCCAGGAAAGGUAGCACGACGUCCAGAAGGACAAGUCAAGCCGAUCUCGAUGAGUUCGCUGUACCACGGUUGAGGCCCGUAGUCAUGCGCGGAGGCUCGCAGACGAGUGUCGCCUCUGCACCACUCACGCAAGUCGCGUUCUCUCCGCCAGGUAGAGAUGAUGUCCCGCGCAUGGCAACGACACCGCCUACAGAUGUUUACCUACAGUCACUUGGUCAAGAGACUCGAAUCCAACCAGCGACUAUGCCUGCGACGAGCCACGACAUGCGUUCUGGACAGAAGACGUUGGCGGCACGGCGGUCUCAACGCUUUCAGGGAGCAUCACCGCCGCGUCUACCAACACCCAUACGGAUUGAUCACUCGGCCUCACAGCCAGCUGUAACGAGCUAUGACACGACUGUCUCCUCGAACAUGUCAUCUUCUGGACUGUUGUCUACAGCCUCAGGGCAGUACGAUAUCGACCCUACUUUGCUCAGAGACAAAAAGGACCGGCGAAAGUGGUGGAAUCCCUUCCGUUCCCGACGAUCAUCGGCUACAAGUGCAAAGCCUGCAACAGUCCGUACUCCAGGACCGGAGAUGGCUGUGAGUAUUGCAGCCGGCCCAGCUCCACGGACCAUUCCAUACUACGCUAUGCUUGAGUCUGAGAGCGAGCUCAACCAGGCGGGUGUGGGAAGACCGGCGCCAGUUGCCAGGAUGCCAACGCCUCCAAGUCCGUCGCCAGAGGACGAGCCUGACCGAAUGAACCUGCCGCGAGGUCGAGAAUCGGUCCUUCUGCCAGCGGCUCCUUCGACGGACAAUCUUCCACUGAUUGAGGAGCUGCAUCAGCGCUCCGCCUCACCACUCAAGCAGCCUCGCCUUGCCCAGGUAGGAAGAAUACCGAAAGUCGCGACGAGAAUUGAACGCCAGCACACCCCAAGUCGGCAAUCUUUCUCUCAGCCUUUCUCCAAGCCAACGAGCCCAACUCCACAGCAGCACGCUUUUGUCGAAGAACCACCUCAACUCCAAAUCCACACUGAUGUCCUUCCCAGUCGGCCAUUCCGAGAAGCGGACAAUCUGAGUGCCAAGCCUUUCAGCGCUCCUGCACGAGCGCAAGCACAGCAAGUGUUCUCCGCCGAAACAGCUAUGCUGCCUCUCGAACCUGUGGGAUCGAUCUCGCACACGGAUAGAUCAAGUUCGAGCGUUUCAGCAGGAUUGAUUAGCGUCAUGGGUCCGGCGAUCGUCCCAGCUUACACUGAACAAGACAUCCAGCCACUCUCGCCAGAAACAAGGGUCUCAGUGAUCGACACCGAAGAUGUGUGGAAUGAGUACGACGACAUCAUCGACCAUGUCAUGUCUCCUUCGCGCUCACGUGAUGAAGUCCCUCCCGAGCUUGGAGGCAGGCAAUUGCCGAGAACGAUUGUUAGCACAGAGUAUGGUUCGCCUGUGAUGAAGGGUGUAGUGUCGGCACGACCUGUGUCUCGAGGCAAGAUGCCGGUCCCGGAGCCCAGACAAGCCUUCCUAGACUUGCCAUUGGCAGGCACCGACUCGCCACCUGUCAUGCUCCCUUCGCCAUCUCUACCAUCGACUGCUGGGGAUGAGAUCCGCCUCCGCCGCUCGCGCAUCAUCUCCGCUCUGCAUUCAUCCUACAAUCCUACCUCGCCCUUCUCCAUGCGCGAAUUCCUCAAGGACUACAGCGACAACCCAGCAUUAUCGGAACGCCUCAGUACUUCCACAGCAGACGCCCGCUCGACGCUCAUUGCUGCCGCUCACUUCGACACUGAUCCAGUUCGUGACGAUCACCAGCACAACGCCGCCAUGCUUGACGUCGUCUCACGAGCGCAGGAUCCGAUCAAGCAAUCCGAGCUGCACUACGCCUCCCUCGAAGUCUCUCGCUGGCUCUCUUUUGGCCGUGUCCUCUUCUCACCUGCACAGGACGAGAUCUUCACCCUACCCGACCGUGCCGUGCUCGUGAUCGAUGGACUAGGAAACGAAGACUGGGCCAUUUACUGCGCCGUGACCUACGAAUCCACCAAGGCCGUCGUCUACGACCUCAAAGAGACCAAUCAUUACAGGAAGCAACCAUCUGCACAAGAACUCGAGCAUCUUCCACCCAACCUCCGACGCGCCGAGAUCGCCAGCUUCUCCGAACGCUUCCCAUUCCAUACGGCUUUCUUUUCAGUCAUUGUGCUGCGCUUUCCGCCCGCAAUGUCAGAAGCCACGAUGAAGAACGUCAUCACCGAAUGCCGCCGCAUUCUCGUGCCUGGCGGGCACAUCGAGAUCAUGUUGCUUGAUCUGGACUUUGUCAACAUGGGCGUGCAGACGCGGCGAGCGGUGCGCGAGCUGAAGAUGCGCAUGACUACCAAGAACCCUGACGUAAAUCUGAAACCUACGAUCGACCACUUCCAGUCUGUUCUGGGAAGUCGUGGAUUUAUGGGGCUGAGUCGCUGUAUCGUUGGCGUGCCGGUCGUUGGGAAGGCGCCAGGGAGUACAGAUUCAAGCACGAGUAGCUCGAGGGGCAGCGGCGAUCAAUUCAACCCCAAAACUGGAUCUCCAAGCAAAAAGAAGGGCCAUGGGCGGAAUUUCUCGUUGAGCGAUCUGGUCACGGACAGCUCGGAGCGAGCAGAUGCUCAGAUCGGGCGGAUGGUGAGCAAGACGGCGCGGAACUGGUGGCAGCAUUGCUAUGAAGCUUCUGUGCUGCCGCAAGGGGACGCGAGCAAGAGUAUCUUCGCGGAGAAGCGGGUGCUGCAGGAGUGUAAGGCGAGGGCUUCGAGUUUCAAGUUGCUGAUUGCGUAUGCGCAGCGGCCGGUGUUUGAGAGUCAGGCGAUUGGGAGUAGGAGGCGGACGGCGAGUGAACCAAGUCAGGGUAUGGUAUCGACGGCUGGGACGGAAAGGAGGAGGAGAUCUUGA